AUGUCGAUCCCUACUCAAUAUGUGCAACGAAAUAGGUCAACCGAGGCUAGCAUGGAAGACUGUCGAGACUAUCUGCGGACUGGAAGAUGCAAGUAUGGUGCUUCCUGCAAGUAUAGGCAUCCUCCUAAUGUUCAGAGUGGAGGAGGUAUGAAGGGUCCCAUCAACCCUUCGGAGCCCAUGUUUCCCUAUAGACCGAACGAGCCAGUUUGUCAGUAUUAUAUGAAACAUGGGACUUGUAAAUUUGGUCAAGCCUGCAAGUUCAAUCAUCCACCUCACAACAACAACAGUAACAACAACUUACACGGUGUUCCCAGCAGUCCAAGGUUCAAUCAAUCCAUGGUGAUGCAACAAAAGGAUAGCAACGAAGGCAGUUUUAAUAGCUAUGAUGCUGCUGCUAUGCUUCCUCAGAGACCGGAAGAACCCAACUGUAUCUACUUUCUGAAGAACGGAAGGUGCAAGUACGGUGCUACCUGCCGGUAUCAUCACCCCUUGAAUUAUCAUAGCCGAAGGCCACCUCCUCCAAAUGAUGGACAUCGCCAUAAUCAUCAUCAUCAUAACCUUCAGGGAGGAGGCAACUCUAUGAAUGAUUCAGGAAUGGCUCAACCAAAGCUUCAAUACAUCUCGCUUCCUCCGGGAACCUAUCAACAGGGUCAAUUCGUAGUUGCAGAUGGACAGCUAGCCUUCUUGUCUUUGGAUGGCUCUACUCAACAAGUCAUUUCCGUUGGGCCACAAGGAGUCAAUCAAGAAGCUCCCAUGGUACUCACGAGUACCGCAAGUCCCAAGCCAGCUUCCUCACUGAGCCGUGAUGUUGGCUCUACAGCAUCUUCCACUUCCAUUGCUUCUUCCUUUGAGAGCUCCAUGAUUGGAAGCGGUGGAAGUCUCAAUACGUUCAUCGCCCCUGACCAACAGAAUGGCCGAGCCGCACACGUUGUGCACUCGGGCAGCAGUCGUCAAGUGCCGGCGCAGAACCAAGAUGGAAGAGUCGCUAGUCUGCCUCAGGUAGUAUCCACUGCCGGCAGUUUGGAUGGCAGCAUCAACAACAGUAACAACUCAAACAACCACUCUUACUUUGAUGUCCGAAGACCAACCCAAUCACCAGUGCGGUCCGAGUCGGGUGGGAACGCGGCCGCGUAUAGGGAACAGCGAUCUUCUUCCUUUGAUCAUUCCUCCCGGCCAGCUAGACAGCACAUGGGUGGAGGAAUACGCGAGAGUACCAGUGUUCCCAGCUUCAACCAUGUGCACGACGAACAAGGCUAUCAACAGCAGCAGCAACAACAGUACGACCCUCAGCAGCAGCGGGGCCUUCAAAUGACUAGAGGGCCUCCACCAACCACGGCGCGUGGCCGACAAAGGCGGAAAAGCAACGGGGCAGUCGAUGAUGGAUUGUCCAUGAUGACCUCUGCCCUCUUGACCAUGUUGGAUACUCCAGAAGAAGCAGGGGAGUGGGAACAAUAUCAAGACUUUGAUGACUAUGAACCAUCCGAAUCUUCCACUCCUGUGAUUGCGAACCAUUUUCCCGGGCAGCUUGGCUCUCCACAACACCCGCAAAUAGUACAAAACAACAACAGCAGCAGCAACAAUGGCGACUACAAUAACUUUUUUGUGCCCCAAGCAAGGAAAGUAGCAUACUAUGAUCACGACCAAGACAGAUCCGUGAAUAGUAUGCCGGGGUAUCAAUACGAAGGAGUAGGGGGAGAUGACGGCUAUGGAAUCCCCCGAGGCCGUAGUAUGGAUCAAAUGCAACGAUGGGCACCGUCGAUGCAAGGUUCCGACCAACAACGUGCAUCAAGCACGGCAUUUGAACCAAGGAACAAUGGGUCAUAUUUUCCUUAG